AUGAGCGCACUGUGGAUCUCGAGCCAGAGGCAGGUCCUCGCCGCUCCUCGGGUGCUGGUGCACCACGCCGCCCCGGCGCUGCGGCACCGGCACCUGAACUUUGAGCCGGAACCAGCACCAUCUCGCUUUGAAUCGUCCUUCGACAGCAGCUAUGCCGAAGAGGAGUUUGGAGGCAGGGGUGGACGGCGAGGACGGCAGCCCCGCGAGUCACGCUCUCUACUCAACCAGGCCGCCGACGAGGCCCAGCUCCCCGACUCCCAUCAUCACAGCCUCAGAGGCAAGCACGAUAAGAAGAACCGUGCGGUGCGCAAUCAACGCCAAUGGGCGUCGGAGGAGGACGACGUUGUCGACGAGGCCGAGUCGCAGCGAGCUCUCCGCGAGCUGGAGCGCCUUCGGGAAAAGCGUCGCGCCGAGGCUGCCAAGGCUGCAAGGCUCAAGCAGGAGGCGAAGGAGAAGGAUGUGUUCAUCCCCGCAACGAUUACCGUUGCCCAGCUCGCCGACAAGUUUGGCGUCAAGAUGGUCCGGCUCCAGCGCCACAUGAUUCAGCAGGACAUGACGGAGAACCAACGCCGGCCCGACUACCUGCUGAACGCGGACGAGGCGAGUAACCUUGCGAUCGAGUUCGACCUUAACCCUAUCGUGGACGAGGAUAAGGGCUUCGACAUUUACCCCGAGAUUGAUGUCGACGUCAGCGCGUUGCCGCUUCGCCCGCCAGUGGUCACCAUCAUGGGGCACGUCGACCACGGCAAGACGACGCUACUGGAUUCGCUGCGUCACUCGUCCGUCGCGGCGGGAGAAGCGGGCGGCAUCACCCAGCACAUUGGUGCCUUCUCCGUGCCCCUGUCCUCGCUGCAGCCCAAGGGAUCGGCCCCCACGGACGCGACGAUCACGUUCCUCGAUACGCCCGGCCACGCCGCUUUCACUGGCAUGCGUGCGCGUGGCGCGAGCAUGACCGACCUCGUCGUGCUGGUCGUUGCUGCCGACGACGGCGUCAUGCCCCAGACUCGCGAGGUCAUUGAGCUCGUCCGCGCUGCCGGCGACUCGGUUGGCAUGGUCGUCGCUAUCAACAAGUGCGACAAGCCCAUGAUCGACAUUGACAGGGUCAAGAGCAACCUGGGUGCCGAAGGCAUUAUCCUGGAGGAGGAUGGCGGUGAAAUUCCAGCCGUGAGGGUGUCUGGCCUCGCCAGGAUUGGCCUCGACGACCUUGUCGAGACGCUGUCUACUCUUGCCGAGAUCCGUGACUUGCGUGCCCGUGUGGACGGCAAGGCGGAGGGCUUUGUCAUUGAGUCGCACGUCGACAAGGGCCUCGGCAUCAUUGCGACUGUCCUCGUCGCUCGCGGCACGCUCAGAACGGGCUCUGCCGUCGUCGCUGGAAACACUUGGGCGCGUGUACGCACAAUGACGGACGCGAAUGGAACCGAGAUCCAUGAGGCAACGCCCGGCACCCCAGUCAUCAUCACGGGUUGGAGGGACGUCCCGACCGCGGGUGACCAGCUCCUCGAGGCCAUCGGCGGCGAAGAGAUGGCCAAGAAGUGCAUUGACAACCGCCUGCGCGACAUUGAGCGCAAGGAGCUCGCUCGAGACCUUGAGGCUGUCAACGCCAAGCGUGAACAGGACCGUAUCCGUGCAGCCGCCGAUGCCGAGCGUCAGGCCGAGGCCAAGGAAGCCGGCCAGAAUGUCGCGCAGGCUAUGCUCGCCGCCCGGCGCGCAGAGGAGGCUGCCAAAGCCGCCACGGCCCGCAAGGACUUCCGCCUCGUGAUCAAGGGCGACGUGAGCGGCACGGUCGAGGCUGUGGUCGGCGCGCUCGAACCCAUCGGCAACAAGGAGGCGGGCGUCAAGAUUGUGCACACUGGCGUGGGUGACGUGUGCGAGAGCGACAUUAUGCUUGCCGAGGCGUCCGAGGCGACGAUCAUCGGGUUCAACGUCGACUGCUCGCGCGACCUCAAGUCGCAGGCAGCUGCGGCUGGUGUGCCGCUCCAGCUCGAGUCGAUCAUCUACCGUCUGAUCGAGACGGUGCGCAAGAAUGUCGGCGCGCUGCUACCUCCCAAGAUUGAGCACCGUGUGACGGGCGAGGCGACGGUGCAGCAGAUCUUCGAGAUCAAGCUCAGCAAGAAGGACGUCAAGAAGAUUGCCGGCUGCAGGGUGUCGAACGGCGUCAUCUCCAAGAACGAGUCUGUGCGCGUCCUCCGCGGCCCCAACCGUGACAUUGUGCACGAGGGUACCAUGGAAACACUGCGCCACGUCAAGAAGGACGUCAUGGAGAUCCGCAAGGGCAUCGAGUGCGGUAUCGGCCUCACGGGCUUCACCGACAUUCGAGAGGGCGACGAGAUUGUCACGUUCACAACCUUUGAGGUUCCGCGCGAGCUAGACUAG